GGGGGCGGGACCAGCGCGGGUGGAGUGGGCAGCGCGAUGCGGGGCUCGAGCUGUGUAGGCGGCGGUGGCGAGAGCCCGGGCGGUGCGGGGCUGAGCGAGGGUCCCCGCGGACGAUGGCUGCGCCUUGCCCCGGUCUGCGCCUACUUCCUGUGUGUGUCCUUGGCCGCCGUGCUGCUCGCCGUGUACUACGGGCUUAUCUGGGUACCCACGCGGCCGCCCGCGGGCCCCGCCGACCCCCUGCCCAGCGCGCCUGCCCCUCCUUGUGCCCGAGCAGCGCCACCUGCCCCACCUCCUGCCGCCUCCUGCUUGCUUGGAGCCUCCGGCGGGCCAAGACCACAGCCGGGACUGCCACGGAGCCGCCGCCACAGCCGCCGCCCAGCGCCGGGAGCGAUGUCCGAGACCGCGAGCCGAGCGCCUGGAUAGCCGGGCCCACUCCCACCGUGGCCUGCGCCAGUCCCAUCCGCACCGCUGGGCCUCGCCUGCGCGGCGCCUCCUCUCCCCUGAUCCUGCCUGACUUCAUCCCACCCCGCUCCUCCUCGGGACUCAGCAUUCAUCCGCAAUAAACUCCAGCCUCAGCUGCGCUUCCCUGGUCUGUGGUCGUCUGCAGCGUGCUGGCCCCUUCUCUAACCCCGUGGCCUCUGCGGCCUUAGAGGCUUUUCUCUACCAUUGCUCUCUGUAAAUUUUGGGUUGGAAUGGGGAAAAUCGGCUUGCCAGUUUCGGGGCCAUUGAAGGUCAGAUACUGUGAAGGCCUUACCAGUUUUUGGGGUGUCACGGGUCCUCGUAUGGCGUCGGAGACAAUCGUGCGUGCUGGGAGCUGUUGUUAGUAUAGUUUACUGUGUCAGGGACAGAGGCUGUCACCCCUGCUCUUGUGCCCUGGCCAGUGAUGCUGUACCUUUUUUCCUGGGGUCAGAGGGAUGAACCUGGGGUUUGGGUGGUGACAGGACACAUUUGCUGCUUUGGGAAGUAUGAAGUCUAUAACUGAACCAAAAAAAAGUGGGUACAGCCUCUGGUCUGCACUGCUGCUGGUGUCAUGGCUGAGAAGUCGGUAUAGCUUCUGAUAAAGAAGUCAGGCGAUUGAGUCCAUUUUCCCUUACCUGUGACUGCGAUCUGGCCCUAGGCAGGCCUGGGAUACCCUGCUUCAAGAAGGGGUUUUCCUGUAUGACCUGCCUUCCCCUUGAGCUGGACAGCAUCCCAGGAACCGAGCCUCCCGUCAGUCAGAUGGGAGUGUGUCGUCUGUCUUGUUGGCUCUCUCCGUUCACCAGCACUCCCCACAUGCACAGCAAUGUACUUAACCUCUCCGGUUUUGUAAAAUGAAGAUAGCACAAUGUUGCUCAGAGGAUUAAACUAGCGAUCCAAACCCGA